AUCUGAGAAGAAACGUUCGUGUCAAACGAUCAGAGGUCAAAAUCGACUUUUGUGGAAUUCGUUGCCAUGGAGAAUUAAGCACCCUGUUGGUCUAUGAGAGCGAAUCAACCAUGUUUGCUUCGUUAGUUUUCGUGUUGUCCCUUGCAGCAUGCAGCCAUGCAUAUUCGGUCCAGCAGCCGAUCAUAUCGCUGAUGGAACCAACCGGGUUGAUGUUUAUGUACCCAGACGAUGGCAACAUCAACUUAGUGUCAUACCAUUACAGUAUCAACACGCCACUGCCCGAUGUACAAGCUGGAACUUAUAACCAAGAUGUAUCAGAAUCAACAAACGGUUACUUCACCUUGCAAAACUUCAACGUUGCUGUUGUACCUGGAGAUGAAGUUAAUUACUGGGUGAAUGUUAUUACUUCAACUGGUGGUUAUUUGCUCACAGAUCAAACAUGGGUAGCACAAGGACCAACGACAACAACGCCAGCAAAGACCAACCCCCCAACACAACCCCCAACCCAACCUCCUACCAAUUCCCCAACAAAUCCACCAAUCGUAUCAACCACUGAGCCACCAGCAACUGCACCACCAGCGACCGGCCCACCAGGAGUUACCACAACAACCGCAUCAAGUGGAGGCAGCGGUGGUACCGGCGGGGGAGGUCCAGCUUAUGUUUGUUCAUCCUAUCCAUGCGACUCACAGUGUGACAUGAGUGUUGCCCCUUGCAAUGGUCUUAUAUUCGAAGAAACCUGGGAUCAGUUUGACUUGAACAGAUGGCAACAUGAAAUUACUAUGUCUGGUGGGGGAAACUGGGAGUUUGAGUAUUAUACCAACAAUCGUACCAACAGCUACGUGCGUGAUAACACACUCUUCAUUAAACCGACUUUAACCGCCGAUCACUACGGAGAAGAGUUUCUUUCAACUGGGACUCUUGAUCUUUGGGGAGGAAGUCCAGCAGAUUUGUGUACAAUGAACGCCUUCUGGGGAUGUCAGCGUACCGGUUCAGGAAGCAACUAUAUUAAUCCAAUUCAAUCAGCUCGCCUUAGAACGGUUAACUCAUUCUCUUUCAAAUAUGGACGAGUGGAAAUUGAAGCGAAAAUGCCAACCGGAGACUGGAUUUGGCCGGCAAUGUGGUUGCUACCAAAAACGAAUUCUUACGGAUCUUGGCCUGCUUCUGGCGAAAUAGACAUCUGCGAAUCACGAGGCAACACUGACUUGAAGGACGACCAAGGUGUUUCGCAUGGUAACGAUGCUAUGGGAUCAACUUUGCACUGGGGACCUUACUGGCCGGUUAACGCGUAUGAGAAAACCACAAAAGAAACACAUGGAACUUUCGCUUCUGAGUUCCACAGCUACGUCAUGGAUUGGGACGAGAAUAAAAUCAAGUUUACGAUUGACGGUGAAGAACUGAUGACAGUGGAUCCCGGUGCGAGUGGAUUCUGGGAAUUCGGUGAAUUUGAUACAGUAGCUCCAGGAUCUGACAACCCAUGGAAAGAUACUAAAAACAAGAUGACACCAUUCGAUCAAGAAUUCUACCUAAUUCUAAACGUGGCUGUCGGAGGCACGAACGGUUUCUUCCCAGACACGUGGACAAAUGGUAAAGGUGCAAAACCGUGGAACAACAACUCCCCAACAGCCUUUAAAGAUUUCUGGAUGGGCAAAAACAGUUGGUACCCAACUUGGCAACCAGAUGUAAACAACGGUGAAAAUGCAGCGAUGCAAGUUAAAACCAUUCGUGUAUGGGCAAAAUAACUUGUCGAAUAAAUGUGAUCAAUAAAAUACAAAUGCUAUAAA